UCUUUCUUUGUUUUUAGGGGGAUGCAAGAAAAGCUUUCCUGUCACCUCUUUCCUCUUUUUCUCUGUUCCGUUUCUCUCUUGGUUUGCUAGUACUUAAAGCAGAAAAUCUUCUUCUAACCCAGUAAACCAAUUGUCCGAACCAGAUUUUCCCUGAAGCAAAAUGGGUUCUUGUGGAGAGAAAAAUGAGUCAGAGAGGGGAAAGGAAAGAAAGAAGAUGAGUAUAAUUUUCAGAUAUGCAGAUUGGAUAGAUAUUGUGCUGAUGGUAUUGGGUACAUGAUGUAUUGGAGAUGGAAUGUCUACAAACUGGUUAUUAGUAUUUGCAAGCCGCCUAAUGAAUAGCUUGGGGUAUGGUAAGACCCAACAAAAUCAUGGAAAUUUUACUUGUUUUAAUUUACAGUGCAGUCUAUAUUUUGUAUAUGUGGGAUUGGCAGUCAUGGUGGCUUCUUUCAUGGAAGGUUAUUGCUGGAGCAAAACUAGCGAGCGGCAAGUUCUUAGGAUUCGUUACAAGUACUUAGAAGCUGUUCUACGACAAGAAGUUGGAUUCUUUGACGCACAAGAAGCAACUACUUCAGAAAUCAUCAAUAGCAUUUCAAAGGAUACUUGUCUAAUUCAAGAACUACUUAGCGAAAAGGUUCCGAUAUUCUUGAUGCACACAUCUGUGUUCAUCUCAGGGCUGGCAUUCUCAACUUACUUCUCAUGGAGAUUGGCUAUAGUUGCUUUCCCAACUCUGCUUCUUCUCAUUAUCCCUGGAAUGACUUAUGGCAAAUACCUACUUUACUUGUCGAAAAAGUCGUACAAGGAGUACGCAAAAGCAAACACCAUUGUCGAGCAGGCUCUUAGUUCCAUCAAAACUGUGUAUUCCUUCACCGCAGAGAGGAGAAUCACGGACAGGUACUCUGCAAUAUUGGACAAGACAACAAAGCUGGGAAUAAAGCAAGGUAUGGCCAAAGGUUUAGCUGUUGGGAGCACAGGGCUCUCUUUUGCAAUCUGGGCUUUCCUUGCUUGGUACGGAGGCCAUUUGGUUAUGUAUAAAGGCGAUAGUGGAGGAAGGAUUUAUGCUGCUGGCAUUUCUUUUAUUCUCAGUGGACUAUCACUUGGAAUGGCACUUCCUGAAGUGAAGCACUUCACAGAAGCAUCAGUUGCUGCUACGAGAAUAUUCAGUAGGAUUAACCGGACCCCAGAAAUUGAUGGUGAAGACCUAAAAGGACUAAUACUACACAAGAUUAAAGGCGAGAUGGAAUUUGAGCAUGUUAGUUUCACGUACCCUUCUCGUCCGGAUUCCGUAGUUCUCAAAGACUUCAACCUCAAAGUUGAAGCAGGGAAGACGGUUGCUCUUGUUGGUGCAAGCGGAAGUGGCAAGUCCACUGCAAUUGCAUUGGUUCAACGUUUUUAUGAUGUAAACAGCGGUGUUAUGAAGAUCGAUGGGUUCGAUAUAAAAGGACUACAGUUGAAAUGGAUCAGAGGGAAGAUGGGACUUGUAAGUCAAGAACACGCUUUGUUUGGAACGUCCAUAAAAGAAAACAUAUUGUUUGGGAAGCUUGAUGCCACCAUGGAUGAAGUAAUGGCUGCAGCCAUGACUGCAAAUGCUCAUAAUUUCAUAAGGCAGCUUCCAGAAGGGUAUGAAACAAAGGUUGGGGAGCGAGGAGCGCUUUUAUCAGGAGGACAAAAGCAGAGAAUUGCUAUUGCCAGAGCUGUCAUCAAGAAUCCUGUAAUCUUACUCCUCGAUGAAGCAACAAGUGCGCUUGACUCUGAAUCAGAAACUCUUGUGCAAAAUGCCCUUGAUCAGGCUUCCAUUGGGAGAACCACCCUGGUUGUGGCCCACAAGCUUGCGACAGUAAAAAAUGCAGACCUCAUUGCAGUUGUCAACAAUGGUUGCAUUGUUGAAAUAGGCUCACACACGGACCUUAUCAAUGGGAAUGGCCACUACGCAAAACUAGCAAAGCUGCAGAGACAAUUCAGCUGUGAUGAACACGACACAGUCACCGAAACAUGCAUAUCUUCUGUUGCAAGGAGCAGUGCUGGGAGUCCAUUGUCUUUAUUUUCUACUCCAUUGCCUAUCGAGAGUCCAAAGUCAAUACCAUCUAACCCUCCUCCUUCCUUCACGCGACUUCUUAUGUUGAAUUCGCCAGAGUGGAAACAAGGUCUGAUUGGAAGCCUGUCAGCCGCAGCAUUUGGUGCAGUGCAGCCUGUUUAUGCCUUGACGAUAGGAGGCAUGAUUUCAGCUUUCUUUGCCAAAAGCCAUCAAGAAAUGCAAGCUCGGAUACGUACAUACUCCUUGAUAUUCUCUUCACUCACACUGGUUUCCAUCAUUCUGAAUCUUCUCCAACAUUACAAUUUUGCUUACAUGGGCGAGAGGCUAACCAAGAGAAUAAGAUUAGGAAUGCUAGAGAAGAUGUUGAGCUUUGAAGCUGCUUGGUUUGACGAAGAGCAAAACUCCAGUGGUGCUUUAUGCUCUAGAUUGAGCAAUGAAGCUUCUAUGGUUAAAUCCCUAGUAGCAGAUAGAGUUUCUCUAUUAGUUCAAACAACUUCUGCUGUCACCAUUGCUAUGAUCAUUGGACUAGUUGUGUCCUGGAAGCUUGCAUUAGUAAUGAUUGCAGUUCAACCACUGACGAUCCUAUGUUUUUAUACACGCAAAGUUUUGUUAUCUAGUAUCUCCACAAACUUUGUCAAGGCACAAAAUGACAGCACCCAAAUUGCGGUAGAAGCUGUUUAUAAUCACAGAAUUGUUACUUCAUUUGGCAGUGUAGAAAAAGUUCUUAAUAUUUUCGACAAGGUUCAAGAGGAAACAAGGAAAGAGGCAAGGAAAAAAACAUGGCUAGCUGGGAUUGGAAUGGGAUCUGCUCAGUGCUUGACAUUCAUGUCAUGGGCAUUAGAUUUCUGGUAUGGAGGUACAUUGGUGGAAAAGGGACAGAUAUCAGCAGGAGAUGUGUUCAAGACAUUUUUCAUAUUGGUUAGUACCGGUAAGGUCAUAGCUGAAGCUGGAAGCAUGACUUCCGAUUUAGCCAAGGGCUCAACAGCAAUUGCAUCUGUGUUUCAGAUUCUUGACCGCCAAUCCAUGAUCCCAGGUUACUCUAAACGAGGGGAGGAUUGUAAGGGAAAGAAAUUAGAGAAACUAAAUGGCAAGAUAGAGAUGAAGAAGGUUGAUUUCGCAUACCCGAGUAGACCAGAGAGCUUAAUUUUGCAAAACUUUUGCUUGGAGGUGAAGGCAGGGACAAGCAUAGGACUUGUUGGGAGAAGUGGGUGUGGAAAAUCAACAGUAAUAGGAUUGAUUCAAAGGUUUUAUGAUGUGGAUAGCGGUUCAGUGAAGGUGGAUGGCAUAGACAUAAGAGAAAUAAAUAUUCAAUGGUACAGGAGACACACAGCUCUUGUUAGCCAAGACCCAGUCAUCUACUCAGGCAGCAUCCGUGACAACAUUCUGUUGGGGAAGCUUGAUGCCUCUGAGAAUGAGCUCAUUGACGCUGCCAGAGCUGCCAAUGCCCAUGAAUUUAUCUCAGCAUUAAAAGAUGGAUACGAGACAGAAUGUGGAGAAAGAGGGGUGCAAUUAUCAGGAGGGCAAAAGCAGAGGACUGCAAUUGCGAGAGCCAUAAUUAGGAAGCCAACAAUUUUGUUACUAGACGAAGCAACCAGUGCUCUUGACGUCCAAUCAGAGGAGGUUGUGCAAGAAGCUUUGGAUCGAAUCAUGGUCGGAAGAACAACAAUCGUGGUGGCUCAUCGUCUUAAUACCAUCAAGAAGCUUGAUUCCAUUGCUUUUGUUGCAGAUGGGAAGGUGGUUGAGAGAGGUACAUAUGCUCAGCUCAAGAGUCAGAAAGGGAACUUCUUUCAUCUUGCCACCCUUCAAAAGUAAUGAUGUACGUAUAUGCCACCACAUAGUGGUUGUUAAUAAAAUUUUGGUGGCUACAUGUAUACUAUAAAUUCAUAUACAUAUGGCGGUAGCCUAAGUUAUUUUUAAA